GUCUGUCUCUGUCAGUCAGUCAGUUGCUAGCUGAACGGUUCCUAUGUCUUUUGUGUUUUUCGGUGUUUCUCGACUUGAAAGUAAAAUUAAAUAUAAAUCGCAUUCGGUGUUUUUAAACUAUCUGCGGAAAUGGACGCCGAGGAAUGUCUUAAAGAAUGGGAAGACUUGUUAACAGAUUACAAACGGUUAGAGACUGUAAACAAGGAUUACAUAGCAAAAUUAGAAGAAGUUGGUGAGCUUCAAUCACAAUGCAUGAAAGAGUUGGAGCACCAACGCUAUCGCAUGAAUGUUAUCGCAGGCGCAUUGAAAAGGUUAGAAAAGAAAGGUGUGACAAAGGAUGAACGAGUGGCAAAUUUGGAGAAAGAGAUCAUGAAAAGGAAAGCCAUGCUCCAUGAGAUCAAAGCCACAUUGCCCAAACAAAACAGCAUGUAUCUGCGUAUAAUACUGGGAAAUGUGAAUGUGUCUAUUCUAAACAAAAAUGACAAGUUCAAAUACAAAGAUGAAUAUGAAAAGUUCAAGCUGGUACUGAGUGCGAUAGCAUUCGUUUUAGCUGUUUUAAAUCUGUAUGUAGAUUUCAGACCGCUGCAGCUAAUACUGAUAUUCCUGCUGGUCUGGUACUACUGCACGCUGACGAUCCGCGAAAGCAUCCUGAAGGUCAACGGCUCCCGGAUCAAGGGCUGGUGGAGGCUGCACCACUUCGUGUCCACGGUCGUGGCGGGAAUCCUUCUCAUUUGGCCCCAGAAUGAACCCUGGAACGAGUUUAGGCACACCUUCAUGUGGUUUAUCGCUUAUAUCAGUGUGGUGCAGUACAUGCAGUUCCGAUACCAAAGCGGGGUUCUAUACAGGCUAAAGGCCCUGGGCGCGCGGCACAACAUGGACAUCACCAUCGAGGGCUUCCACUCGUGGAUGUGGCGUGGGCUCUCGUAUCUACUCCCGUUCCUGUUCGGAGGUUAUGUGUUCCAACUGUACAUAGCCUACACGUUGUACCACCUCAGCUACCACCCUGAAGCCACGUGGCAGGUGGCAGCACUGAGUAUGUCGUUCCUGCUGCUCGGCAUCGGCAACACAGCCACCACGCUGUGCGUCAUUCCGCAGAAACUCAGCGAACAGGUGCCUUAUCUGGCGGCUUUGUAUCUUUUGCUGCACUUUUGCAACAUGUACACAAUACUGCGGACACUGCGCAAGAAAACGCAAGGCGGACUCAAGCUACGAUACAAAUUGCGCGCAAUCGCUUACCGGCUGUCCAAUGAGGUCGCUGUUUUGGAGCAAAAGUGGAGACAAAGUAAAGUGGAAAGCAAAACGGAGUAACGAUGUGGUGGGCCUAAUAGUCUAUAGGUGAUUUUAUGUAUGUCAGCGAUUAAUAAAUGUAUAUUAUGUAAUGAUUAGUAUGUUGUAACAUUUCUAAAUGAACAUACAGUUUAUAUUUUCUUAUUCAAUUUAAAAUUAUAUAAUGGUGUUAUUAUAUGAUCUUGUAAAUAUAGUUAUUUCAUUAUAUUA